CUUAGGCUCAGUCACUGAGUAAAUCGCGAUGAGGUUGCAUGAAAACAACGUAACGCGCGUUUCGUCUUGGAAACCAUACGGUAGAUAUUGUUGUAUACACUUGUACAGCAACAAAAGCAGCAGCAUUUAGAAGUAGCAGCCAACAACAGCAAAAGGAAGAUUUUAGAAACACAAAGGCAAAAAAAUUACAAAGCAGCAAAAGGUGAAUGGUGAAACAAAGUAAAAUCCAAACGGAAGUUAAAGCAUUCAUUGAAUGUAUUAUUUUAAAAUUUUUGUGAUCACUUGGAAGAAAGAGUAAUUGUUUUACAGCAAAAGAAAAUGAAAAUACGAAGUUCAUAAGCAAUACAAAUAAAAUCCGAAAAUAUCAAAAAAAGAAGAAAAAAAUUCCUGAUCAAUUGUGUACAACAAAUUAACAAUAUAAAAAUAAAACAAGAGCAUAAAUAAUUCUAAAAGUAUCAGAUUCACGGAAAAUAAUCAAGCACAUAAAAUCACAGUUUAAUCAAUACAUGGAGGUUUUUCGAAGUUAACUAUUAUUUCAGAAACAGUCCAUGCGGAAUAUUAAAAUCUACUAACACAUAAAUGUGCGUGUGUAAGUGCUUAUAAUACAUUAAACUCAGAUUAUUCGCAUUCUAUCGACGACUUUUCGGAAAAAUAAUUUAACGAUAAGCAUAUUCAGUCGUCCUUCAAAGUGAAUGGGGUGGAGCGCGCCCCUCUUAAAACAAGUCGCCUCCAUGAAGUUUUAUAAACAAAAUGGUACGUGAAGAAACCCGAAAAAUUUGUUUUGGUCAAAUACCCGAAGCGAGAUUACGUGAGGAUACAAAAGGCAGAGAACACUUAAAACGGUCUACUGAAGAUGUUCCAACUCCAAAUUUUACAGAACGGAACAGUGGCUUCUAUGAACGCAAUUCCCGCAUAGCUGCAGAAAACGAUACCUAUUUGCGUCGUUCAAACCGCUCGACUAUUGGAAGCAACGGUGGUUAUCAAACGUCAAACAGCUUGGCAACGUCAAGUCCCACGGCGUCUAUACAGGAUAUAUCCCCUGUAGGCACUGUAACUUCUGGUGGUCCCGGUAUUAAUGCCAGUGGCACCUUAGAUAAUCGUAAUAGAACACGUGAUCGUUUAUACAAAAAUGGACCUUAUUUAUCUGCACAGUUAAACGAGAGAAGUUCGAACGGUGCCACCAUCAACAAUUACAACCGUGCACUGCCGUCGUCAUGGUACGACGCUGCUGCGACGAAUACGAACAGUCCUGGUGGCAGUGGCAGUGCCGUCGCCUCAACAGUAGGCAGCAACUGCAUCCACAACUUCUAUUCCACCUCAAAUUCAAUCACCUCACCUGCCUCCUCCAUCACAACGGCAAUUGCUCGCUCGUUAACGCCACACCAGCGGAGCAAUUAUUACGGUACUGUGCCGGAUAUAAGUCCAUCAACGUCGUCGCAGUCUGCAACAACUUCAGUGUCUAGUGCGUAUUGGAUGAAAAAUAAUACGAAUUUGAACAAAAUUGCUAAAUCAUCCGAAAUAGGCUUAGAGUCGUCUAAAAAUUUACUUACAACCUCGACCAUGACGACGGAUAUGUCGGCGGGAAUGGGCAUGGGUGCACCAACAGCAACUUCGACAACAUCCUCGUUUACAAAUAAUAGUGGCAGUGGCGGUGGCGGUGGCGGUGGCGGUUGUAGUACAAUCAGUAGUAGUUAUAGCAGUAGUUUAAGCAGUAGCAGUAAUAUAAUAUCGCCAAUGAAUGCGACAGGCAUUUCCACCACGCUAUCUUCACAGUCAACUGUUGGAAGUCACGCAAAUGGUAACAAUAAUAGUGGCAUUUUAAAUGUAGCAACAUCUUUUGUUGAAGCGGCUGCAGACGCUGAAAUUCAGCUCCUUAGAAAUAGAACUGGCAUCAAUAAUAAUACCACCUCUUCCACAGCUCCAGAGUUAGCUGCUACGAGCAGCUGUACCACCUCUGCCCUCUCGACUACACAUAGCGCGCUUCAACAGCAUACAGCGCGUGCGCAUCGUUUGCAUGGACGGAGCACGACAUCUUCGAGCCGGUCGCACUCCCGUUCACCCAGUAGCUAUAGCUCGUCACAUAGCUCCUCAUCAUCAAACACUUCAUCCCAUUCACACGCAUCAAGUCCAGUUAGAGGCAAUGAAUCUACUCCGUGCAGAUCUUCUGGCGGACUGACGAGCAAAUCGCGAAAUUUACAAUCAGCAGUUACGACCCCUCCUCAAGGUACUAGUGGAAUGGCGGGCAGUGGCACUGCCAGCAGUAACUCAAGCAACAGCAGUAGUAGCAGUGGCAAUAGUUCAUCCUGCAACACAGUCAAUCCCAUUGUUCAUUCCGAAGACAAUCGUCCGCUCGCUAUAUGUGUACGCAAUUUACCCGCACGUUCCUCAGACACAUCCUUAAAGGAUGGUCUUUUCCAUGAGUACAAAAAGCAUGGCAAAGUCACCUGGGUAAAGGUGGUUGGCCAAAAUUCGGAGCGCUAUGCCUUGGUAUGCUUCAAAAAACCAGAUGACGUGGAAAAAGCACUGGAAGUGUCACAAGAUAAGCUUUUCUUUGGUUGUAAAAUUGAAGUAGAACCUUAUCAAGGUUAUGAUGUCGAAGAUAAUGAAUUCCGGCCGUACGAAGCCGAAUUAGAUGAGUAUCAUCCGAAAUCGACGCGUACCUUAUUCAUUGGCAAUUUAGAAAAAGAGAUAACGGUCAGUGAGUUACGGAGUCAUUUUGAUUGUUUCGGUGAAAUCAUCGAAGUCGACAUUAAGAAACAAGGUACCCAAGCAUAUGCAUUCUGUCAAUAUUCGGAUAUAAUAUCUGUGGUUAAGGCAAUGCGUAAAAUGGAUGGCGAGCAUCUGGGAAGCAAUCGUAUUAAAUUGGGAUUUGGAAAGUCGAUGCCUACGAAUUGUGUAUGGAUAGAUGGUGUAACGGAGAAGAUCUCCGAGUCGUUACUUCAAUCCCAUUUCUCUCGUUAUGGUACCGUUACAAAAGUGAUUUUGGACCGAUUACGUCACUUAGCUCUGGUUUUAUACGACCAAAUACAAUACGCCCAGACCGCGGUAAAAGAGAUGCGCGGUGCAACAUUACGCGGCCGACGAUUGCAAGUGGAUUUUGCUUCACGCGAAUGUCAGGAUGCUUUCUAUGAUAAGCUGGAUAAGCAGAAUGCAGGGAAUCGAUUAAACAGAUACGACUCGCAAUCGCGUUCACGCGCAUCGUCGUUUAGCCGACAUCAGAACUCGAACGAUGGAUGCUCACCCAGUAACACGCCUGGAAGUAGCAGCAGUUGCAGUGGUUCUAGCAUAAUAGCAAACUCUGCCGUUACUGCGCCAGUAGCAUCUAUUGUCGGCGGUGUUAAUGCUGGAAAUAAUUCCACGACGUCAAAUAGCCCGUUGGUGACGCAGAGCAUACCCAUGUCGGGUAAUUCGACGCCAGCCCGCAGUCGUGGAUCUCGCAGUUCACGACAUACCGUUGACUACGACUACCUGGACAUGCGUCGAUUUCGUUCCUAUGACGAAUAUAGUCAGGGUUCGGGUGCCUCUCAUGAUGAGGAAGUCGCCCCACAUAGUGCGCAUUCGACAGGUGUUUGCGGUGGUUUGCGGUCCGACUCACCACUACUGUCACGAUUGGGACCCAUCGUGAGUGGUAUCGGAGCUCACACAGCAGCAAAUGUGAAUGAGAGGGCAAAUGAAACGCUUGAAGUGACGGUGAAUAGCGGCAGUAGUCGCCGUCGUUGUGAUAAAAGUCCUGCGAAACAAAAAGGUGAUAUAAGAAUUCUACAAAAAGAACGUUCCCAUCUUUUAGAGCAACUUGAGGAAUGCCCGUCCAGUGGUGAUGAAAGUAUAGUGAGUCCGCGAAAGCGCAUUAAAAUCGAUCAUCAUCAUUCCAUGAUCACCAGCAGUGGAAUGUCUCAGUCUCAUACGUCGGAGACAGGAAAUACCGCUGGUGCUCAACAUAAAAGUAACCUAAGUUCCAACUGUGAUGCCACUGAAUAUGAUAUCACGGCAGCCGCCGGUCAACGAAAGAGUGAAGUGCGCCGCCUUUCAGAUUCUAAUAACCAGACCAGUCUCAAGUACCAUCAACAUCAGUAUCACACACAUUCACAAUCAAUGCAGCCAUAUCAGCAGCAACUGGUUCGCCGACCGUCCAUUGAUAUAACGGCAACACUGGGAGCUGUUGGCAUAGGAUCCGUUUCUGCGCGACAUGGAAGUGUGAGUAGUACUGGCUCUGGAAGUGAUCACCACCAUCAAGCAUCACUUCCUACCGCAAUUGCUUGUAAACGGCGACGAGUCACUGGAAGUAAUAGUAAUGGAAAUAGUAGUACGCUUAAUUCAUCUGCCUCAAAUCUGCUAAGUGGUGUCGUAUCCAAUAGCAUUGGCUGUGGAAACGGUGGUGGUAGUGGCGGUGGCACAAUGAGUGACGACCAUCAGCAACACAGUACACGAAGUCGUGGCCAUCCUUUACAUUCCCAUCACUCCCACGACGCCAGUGGCGGAGAGAGUGCAGAAGGCUCACGUCCAGGCACUCCACUUUGUGAUGAACGCCCCGAAGUAUUGCCUAGCGAUCCACGGCGUCCGCCCCGUGAAUGUCGGCAUGAGCCAAUGAUAUUGCCACUUCCGAAAUUCGGUAUACAGUUUUUUCAUCAGCAUCGCAAUAGUCUAGCAGGGCAAACAAUUUCGAACGCUACAAGCCACACCGGCAUCAAUGUAGGUGGCUACCAUCAUAAUAGUGGCGGAUUGCUUUCCUCUUCAUCUAUGGCAGGGUGCAACAAUAAUAUCAGCACUCACAUUUUGUCCAACACAAAUGUAAACAGUAGUAGUCAUUCUAGUCAUAGUGCUCUGCCAACAACGACGACUUUAACAGCGUCAUCAGGUUCCUCUACUGUGCCGGGAUAUCCGUUACAUAGUCCAUCUAAUCGAUAUUCAUCACACUGGCGUCCGCAUCAACAUCAACAUCAUCAUCAUCCGCAGCAUAGCCAUGGUCAUAGUCAUCCCGCGCAUACACACUAUAAUCAAACAUCAACUGAUGUCGUUGGAGCAUCGAUGGUCAGUCCUUUGCGACCACGAUCGCUCAGCUCGAAUUCCAGUGAUUCCGAUGCUCCAGGGCAAUUAAGUGGUAGCCCUUCUUUGGAGGAGCGCAUAAGAACGCUGGAUGAGAUGUAUGAACGGUGGUCUGGUGGCGGAGGAAAUAGUGGUAAUAGCGGUGGUAAUGGUCCUAAUGCUGCUCCGAAUGUAGUGAAACGUCAUGACUUUGUCAGUCAAGGUGGCCCAACUGCAUUUCGGCACGCACAUCGCAGUGGCGAACAUCAUAGUGGGGGCAGUACUUCAUCGCGAUAUAAGUUUCCAGAUAUCGAUGUGUGUGAUCUCAAGCCCUCGGAGAUCGUUAAAUCAGUGUUAGCAAAAAAAUCAAUAUUCGAUGAUGAUUUGCAACGAUUGAAGAAGAAUCAGUGGUACGAGCCGUCUUCAGACGCCACACAGCUGGCGAAACAUAUAAUUGGAGUUUGCACCUCGCCGGGCCUGCCUAAUUUGGCAGCCACGAAGACGCCCGUGGUUGGGUGCAGCUCUACAAACAGUGGAAAUACAGCGUUAAACAAAUCAUCAGGUGUCUUGUUGCAGCGACUAAGCAGUCUUUCGCCCAUGAAUUCACCACAGGCGUCGAUAUCCCCAUAUAACAGCCCAUCUCCAUCCCCAUCUGUGAGCAGUAGUAUGACGACAACCAUAUCUUCGUGCCCGAUUAAAGUCGGAACAACGACUGCGACAAGCUGCAUUAGUACUAUUUUAAGCACAACAAGUGCCAGCAGCAUUUCUACAGUUGCUUCCGCUAGCAGUUUGGCAGCUGCCAUGAAGGGGUUACAAUAUCCAUUUCCGAGUCAUCCACCUUUGCCGAGUACGGCUGCUCCUCUGCCUGCUGCCCAGCCGGCUCCACCUACAGGUCCCGCUCCUUCAGACCCGCCACAACCGAAAUCAUCUCAAAUAGCGAUGUCUGAUACAAGCAAUUUGGAUGUGAGUAACACGAGAGCGAAGACAAAUUCGAUUACUAAAAGUUUGAGUGUACCAUGGGCAGCACCUAAUACUGAUAAUGUUGGGAAAAGCGACAGCCGGAUUUUGACCAAAUCAGUUUCAGUUCCUGGUAGUACAAAUGCUGGCACAAUGAAGUCCUUGAAUACGCACACGGCUAAUAACGAAGUGGCGUCUCAUGCUAUAAGCCGGAGUACCUCAUCAACAGCUGUUACUAAAACUAAUGAGGAAAUGUCCAAAGCUCCGAAGCAACUAUCGAAUAGUUUGACGGCGAUUUCGAAAAAGAACGAGCGCACAUCUCACAAACACAAUCAUCGCAAUGAAAAUGAGAAACGUUCAGGGCGAAGUGAUCGCGCAUCGGAAAGGCGGAAAAACUCAACAAACUCUCAACAUUCAGGAGUUUCGACGUCUACACCACGAGUUGAAGGAGAUUCAAGUGAAAAUGAAGCAAACGAUAGUAAUAUUGCUGAAAAAGGUCAAAGGUUAGAAUGCGAUGAUAGGGAGCCUGAAAAGGACAGAGAAAAAGAGAAGUCACACAAAGAGCGUGAGAGAGCUCGUGAUAAGGAGCGAGAGCGUCAGGAACGUGAGAGGCGUGAACGAGAAAUCCGCAAACAAAAGGAAGAACAUGAAGCUCGAGAAAGAAAAGAGUGCGAAGAACGGGAGUUCAAAGAGGCUGAGGAUCGACAACGUCGAGAGCUUGAAGAAAGAGAGCAAGAACGUGCAUUACUUCGAGAACGGGAGCAAAAGCAACGUGAACGCGAACAACUUGAGCGCGAAGAACGGGAGCGAAAAGAACGUGAGGACAGAUUGGAAAAUGAGCGUAAGGAAAGGGAAGAUCGUGAAUGUGAAUAUAAAGCGAAUGAUGAGCUAUCCGAAAGGCACGAACGAGGAAGAGAAGAUGCCGAUCAUAACGAUAUUGAGCGUGAAGAUCGAGACAUUCAUAGAGAACAUUCGCGAAGAAAGCCAGAACCGACAGAUAAGGUUGAUAAGGUAGAUGAGAACCGAUCACAUACGCUUAAUAAAAAUCAAUCUGAAAGCGAUUUAGCACGGCAGAUUAAUGACGCCGAAUUUCAAAAUAACAAAGAAAAUUCAAUUGAUGAACCAAAGAGUCCAGCAACCGUCGAAACUUCUAGUAAACAUCGUGGAAGAAAAUCGUCACAUAACUCUCCAAUACGCCUACCAAAACGUCGUCUUAGCUCACAAGAUAGUAAUCACGGCAAUAUAAAUAGUUACCCUUCCGUAAGUGAGGACCCAGUCAAACGUUUACGGAUUGAGACUCAAAACACAAAAUCAAAUGAGCGACAGCAUCAGAAAGAAACGACUCCUGGCUCUGAACACACGACCAAGCACUCAAGCAAUAAGCAUCAACAUCAACGUACAUCCAGCCAGUCUACAACGGGUAAUAUUGGGACAUCGGAUUCGGUUGUGGUUUCCGGUGAAAAAUUGAAGAUUAAAGAACAUUCGAAUAAGCACAGAAGUAGCAAACAUCAUAGGCAUCAGCUACAGCAACAUCCAGGCAAUCCUAAAGACAUUAGUAAGGGUGAAUGCGAAGACAAUAAUAUUUCUGCAACCACAGCGUCAACAUCUGCGACGGUCAUGCCGACAGUGGUAGUUCCGUCAACAGAUAAAGUAAAUCACCAUGAAAACAUUUCGGAUCAAGAGCUUGAGAGUUCAACAGUUCAUUACCUAAGCAGGAAUUCGCUUAAUUCGAGUGGGGAUGAGGGAACGUCUCUUCAACUGUCGAGGUGCGUAGCAAGCGGUAGCCAAUACAAGCAACGCGAUCACAGUGGUCAUCACGUGCGUCAUAAAAACAAACGUGAUCAUCGUGAGAGAAAGCGUCCAUCAACUACAGAAUCUUUAGUGUCGGCAACCAGCAACCACUUGACUGAUGAGGAACUUACGCACAACCCAAGUCGACGAACAUCGGUUGCGGGUUCGCACAGCGGCGAAUUGACAAUACCUAUACAGAAAUGUAAGCAGGAGAGUCGAAGAAGUUCGGAACGAAAAUCUUCUCGUUGUUCAGAUGAGGGUCUUAUCUUGACACAGUCACAUCCUGCACACCAUCGACAGGGCAAUAACGUGAAAGCAACCCCCUCACGGAGAGUUAUCAUGAGUUCGGACGACUCCGACGAUUCAGACGAUCCAACAGAUGGUGGGAAGAAACAUUCAAUUUUCGAUAUACCUGAUGAGGGACCCUAUGUUUCAAUGUAUGAUAAGGUAAAAGCUCGUUCCUGUAAGAACAUGCAAAAACACGAAGAAGAGAAAAAGAUCAAAGCGAAAUUUACGCAAUUGAAACAGUCACGUGCUAAACGAGAGGAAAAGAAACGUUCAACUAGUUAUGAAGGUGAUUCAGAUUCUGACUUCGAGGAUCGCAAUCAACGCAGUGGCGGAAGCAGUUCUUACAAAUCACGCAAUCAAAAUAAUCUUACAUCUUCCUCCGAUGACGACGAUGCUACAAAUAUGGCAACUCGACGUCGAAGCUCGCAAGCCUCUUCUCAUCCUCAUCGCAUGUUCUCUGACUCGGACUCAACAACAACUGCUGAAGCAGAAGCACGACGUAACAAGAUACAUCAUAAAUUAAUGCGACUGUGCGAUGAUGAUGGUGACGACAGUUCCGGCGACGAAAUACACGCUAACGCGCGAAAGUCAAUGGCAUCAUCGCCAAGCAAACGAAGCUCCAGCAAAAGAAAUUCACAUUCAACACGCAUAGCAUCCGACUCCGAAUCUCAGUCACAACCAGGUGUAGAGAUAAAAAUCAAACAGGAGCUGACUGACGAGGAACAUUGUGAUAAUAAAUUCAAAAUGCAGAUAAAAUCAGAAAUCCUGCCAUCAGAAAUGACGGCAGAAUCAGAUGAUGUUAAACCAAAAGAACCUUAUAUUAAAACAGAAGACGAAUCGAACGCAGGGUCUAUCGAAAUUAAAAAGGAGUAUAAACAUUUUACUGGUAAUUCAGUGAUUGAGAAUCCUGAUUAUGAACUGACCUUGGAGCAUUUAUCAACUAAAUCGUCCUUGAAAGUUCAGCAACAAUGUUCGCCCGAAACCCGUAAGAAGCACAAAAAAAGCAAGAAACGUCAGAAGAAUAAUCUUCCGAUGCCAAAUGCUCCAACAGCACACAGUAUUGUGGAAGCGAAAAAUGUGUUGGUUACCCUUACACCGGGCUCUUUUCAGAUGAUGAAUUUUAUGAGCACCCCGGAAAGUAAAGUAAAACCUUUACUGUCACCGUCGUAUGAUCCAUUUGAUGAAUUGAAACGUGAAUGUUCGUCGCUGUCCACAACAAUUACCCAUGCAAACAAUGGCGCAAAUGAAUUGUCCGUAUGCGAGAAGAAACGUCACAAGGAACGUAAGGAGAAAAAGCGGGAAAAAAUGCGUAAUAUGAGUGAUGGCGGGGGCAGCAUUGAUUCAGAUAAGUUGUCCAAAGAAGAGCGCCAUCGGUUGAAGAAAUCGAAAAAGUCGAAGAGCCUCGAUACCACGAGAAUGAUAUGUUCUGAUGGCAGUAUAGUAAAAGCAAAUUUAGCGGCGUCUAUUUUGACAGUACCGGUGGCUAUUACACAAUCAGUUCCAACAACUCCACUUGUUGCAUCACACACAGAGCCGAUGACACAGGCAGCCAACCUUCCAACGACAACAUCCAAGCGUGGUGAAAAGAUGGAAGAUAUUUUUGGGCCAAUAUCGGAUGAAGAGUCCCAGUUUACCGAUGCUGAGGGUAAAGAAUUGUCAUCUAACUUUUCGGUUGAUACAAAUUAUGGUGGACUUUUGACAUCGUCAAGCAACAUAACCGGACCGGUAGUUUCGGCAGCACUGAACCCCUACAAGCAGGAUCCACUUACACCAAAAUCACACACAGUUGAAGAGAAUGAAGAGAAUAAGCAGAAGGCACCUGCGUUUAUUGGAGAUGGUGGGGAACAUAUAGACCGAGAACGCCACAGGAAAGAAAAACGCGAAAGACGACGGAAAGAGCGUGAGAAGUCGCGUGAACAACAUGCUCUCUCAGCGUUGCAAUCGCGAAAACAGCAUCACAUUGAUGACGAGAACAGUGUUGAUCUUGACGAGGCUGGUCGUGCUCUAGAAGCACAACUGAUGGAAGAUUCCGAUAACAAACCAACUGAAGAUGCCACACCCUCUACCGCUACAACUUACCGCAGUGAUAUGACUGAUGUAUUUCGGUUUUCUGAUGGUGAUGAAAAUUCUCUCGACUCGAAUAUCCCGCGUAGAGACAAAUCAGAUGUCCAUGAAACUAACGCUUCAAUCCACACCCAACCAAUGGGAGUCGCCACAAGCACAACUUCUGCAACGCUAGUACAUAUGAAGAACAAGGAGAAAAAGAAAAAGAAGAAACGGUCGAAAGAAGAAAGGCAUCAUCAUCAACGACGCGAGUCGAAUGCUUCAGCGAGUUCUAACCAACAUCAUCCACCGCCACAAGAACCGCAGCAACAACUGCCAUCACAAACAGCUUCGUUGCAAUCACAGCAUUCCGUUAUGUCACCACCAUCAAAACUUUCUAUUGAUAUAUUGGCAGCAAAUGCAAAGCAAACGCAGAAUUUAGAGAAUCAAAUGGAUAAAGAUGAGAGUGGAGAAAAUUCAUCAGCUCUCACACAUUCGCCAAUCUGUAAACCGUCACCCAGUUUACCUUGUUUAACUGAUGACGACAUUGAUUUAGGUGUGUCAUCGAUUAUACAAACAACACAAUCUACCAAUGACAUGCUGACCCUAUCACCUAUGCGCGAAAAGAAGCUGAUAAGUCCGAUACCUAAUACGCCUACCACAAACACUACUCCAUUUGUGAAUGAUAAGUCUCAAUCUAGCGCUUAUGAUCCAACUACUUCUCCAGUAAGUUCGCUGACGUCGGCGACAGCUGCCGCUUCGUCCACACCAACGACAACUAGUGCGCCUGAUAUGGCUAGUUUGGCGACUGCAUCCAUCGAAUCAAACUGUGCCACCUCUACCAUAAGCACACCAACUACAACAAAAAAGAAACCAGAAAUAUUUAUACCUGGUUUUGAUGGUAAUUUGGAUGAGCAGAUAAGUGAGUCGGCUGUAAAAUCUAUAUCUGUCGAAUUUAAUUCCUCGAUAUUAGAUUCAAAUGCCGAUGAACCGAAAAUUCCAGUAGAGUCCCCUCCUGACCUUGCCCCAAAACAUAUGGACAAAACAGAAGACUCGAAGUCAAGAGUAACGAUCUCUCAGGAAGAGACAGAAAGUGCUGUGUCUGCAUUAUUGGGUGAAAGCUUUGGCAAUUCCUCCAAUAUUGAUUACUCGUUCCAAGAUGACCCACUUGAGGAUGAUUUAGCUGUGGUUGAUAGUGUCAAUGUCGACGCUUCUGAGCCAGAUGAAGAAGCCGCUAUUGCUGCGAAGGCUAUUGAGACAACUAUUGAACCUUUGCAACCAGAAGAAGAUGCCGAGGAAGUGAACAAGGCCGUACAAAGUCUUAGUACCGAAGAGAUGGAUGUCAAAGUUGAUACACCGCAAUCCGAGCGUGGUCUUCAAAUCGAUACUGAUACGGAGGAGAACGCAGAUGAAGCUGAUAGUAGCGGAGCAAGUUUGAAAAUUGAUGAGUCCGUAACAUCCGGUGAUGUAUCAGACGAGUUAGCUGAUAAAGAAAAAAAAACAAGUCCAUUCCGUACAGACGCUCCAGAAGACCAGAAUGAACCCUGCUCAGUCAUUACAAAAGUGGAAACAAGUUCUCAACCUAGUGAAAAAUCAGUCAAAGCGAACUUGGCUCCAACAAUCAAACUAGAACCCCCAACUAUAAGUAACUUGGUCCAACCGGCUGUACAGCCCGUGAAAUCUGUACUGCCAUCUAUGAUCAGUCUACAGCCAUCCACAUCUACGGUUGUCGAUGCAGUGCAAGAUAGGUCAAGAGCAGUUGUGGCGACACCAUUUGCGGAAAACAAGACAAGCUCUAUUUCUUCCGCUACAACAUCUUUUACCACGACUGUACAAUCAUCAGUAACCACGAAUAUUAGUUCGUUAUGCACUCCACCUAUAUCCGUACCACAAGAGAAGAGACCGUUCGUUGUUACUACAUUGCCGAAUGCGCUUAUCACGCCGCCCACCAUAAGCAUUCCGGAACCGCCAACCCAUUUCGCCAUACCACAUCUACUGAUUUCCCCCAGGAAUGGUGGUAGUGGUACAACGUCAACGCCGGGUGAACAUCAAGUUCUUCUCUCACCUAAAGCUCAACAGAAACAGCAAUCAACGCAAAUGGUAGGUCAUCCGAUGCCUGCUUACACGAUCAACGUACGUUCGCCGUCUCCACUCAGUCCACAGAAACAUAACCCGUCUAGAGGUAGUACACCUACGCGACAAAUGAGCCCCACUGCUGUAACAAUUGCAUCACCAGUGCCAACAGCAAAAGUCCAGCAACAGCCAUUGUUGUUGCACGUUAGCGGACAACGUUCAUCUUCAUUGCAUCAACAACAGCAACUACAGUCGCAUGUGCUGCAGUAUUCGCCCAACGCAAGUUCACAAUCUCCCAAUUUGUCAGGAAGUCCUGUUACUUCUGCUCAACAAUCAGCUACGGGUGUUGGCAACAAUACCAAUAAGAUCAAUACUGUACAUUCGCCACACCAAAUUCAGAGUAUAGACAGUAGUUGUGUCGCGGCAAGUAACAAGAAUCCCAGUUCGUCGCCAACUCCAGUUAGCGUGAAUGUGACAAACGCUCGUAAUCAGUCUUCGCAAUUAUCGGCCAUGCAACCAUUGACUGUGCAGAAAGUGCCACAACUGCCCGCUCAUCCCACCAUCAUUAGCAAAGUGGUGAGCGUGAAGCCCCAGCAGGCACAACAGUCAUUGAUGUCGCCGCCACUACAGUCUGGGCAGGCUAGCGCCAAGACGGCCUAUACGACAACUCAUCAGCCGACAACUGCCGUUCAACAACAGCAACAACAGCAGACCAUACAAACACAACAGGCACAGCAACAGCGGAAUUCAACGCAAAUUAUUCAGUCAAUGUCGAAAGCACCGAAUUAUCAGCAGCAUUCGCAGCCACAAUCGCAACCACAAUCACAGCCGCAGCAAUCACCAAAGUAUGCGCAACAGCAACACUUACUGCAACAACAAAGACAGCAGAUACAGCAGCAGCAGCAGCAACAACGACAACAACACCAUCAGCAAAUGCAACAACAAAUAUUACAGCAGCAGCAGCAGCAGCAACAGCAACAGCAGCAACAGCAAUUAAUACAAAUGCAAAAAUUGCAGCAUCAACAGCAACAACAACAAAAUAAGCACAUUCCAUCACAGGUAACGGUGCAGCAACAACAACAGCAACCGCGGCAGCGAAUUUUGCCUCCAAACCACCAAAAUAUACAGCAAAAUCAAACACCACAACAAUUUCAGCAGCACCAACAAAUUCCACUGAAUCGUCAAGCGGUAAGCCCUCCAAAUACCACACCAACUCCCACGCAUCAAAAUUUGGUAAUAUUACGUUCACAACAGCCAGCCAUUUCUGGCCCAACAUCUGUGAGCAAUUUAUCGCAAAAUGUUGUACCAUGCCCUGUGCAAAGCGCACAAAAACAGGAGCAACUGACGACAUCUGCGCCCGUGCAACAGCAAACACUAAAUCCAAUGAGCGUUGCUGGAAUGCAGUAUAUUCCUCAAAUGCAGUCCCCAAUUCCGCAGAGCUCCAGCAAUCUACAGCUGUCGGCUCCACCUUCAUCUCCGGCUUCUCUAGAAACUGCCAAACAGGCAAUAACUACAGCAAAUACGUCGGUGCUUCAGUCAAAUGCACAAAAGAUCCCAUAUAUUGUUGAUAUUAAACCACCAGUAUCAGCUCCAACACCGACAUCGCCGUCGGUAUCUACAACGGCAGCAAAACAAAUUCAUACAAUCGAUAUGAAUAAACAAGCACAGAAAUCUUUGCCGGCGGCAGCUCAUGAGAAGCCAGUGGAAAAGGUGGUAGAAAAUGUGUCUGUAAUCUGCAGUGUUGAAGGCAACGUGGGUGUUGAGAAGACAACAUUCAACACAGUUACUCAGCAGAAACGAGAUCUUUCGAUGCCUGCGCUUAACGCCGACGAAGCUACAAUCUCUAUUGGUACUGUAAAAGCACUAGAUUCGGUUAUAAAGAAAGUUGAUGUGCCCGAAAAUAAAAAUAUACACAGCUUGCCUACCAUUCCUCAGCACACGGAAGUCGAUGCGAAGCCCGACAAACCAUCCGCUUCCAUGCCGAUUAAAAACCAACAAGCUGCGAAUAUAACUGAGGUAAACAGCAGUAUACGUUCAACGUCGGUUGCUGAUGAAGUUACCAAAACUGGUAAUCCAUCAAUAGGUCAAAGUGGAAUUAAUAAUGUUUCGACGGAACAUACGAAUCUAAUUUCUUCAGAUUUGGUAACUCCCAUUUCUGCAACCUCUGGCACAGAUCACGAAACUGAAGACGAAACCGAAACGAAGCAGUCAACUGUAAUGACUGAAGGCCCUAUCGGCUUGGGUCGACUAGGUGUAAGCACACGUGGAGGUACUGCAAAACGCGGUCGUCAGCCACGGGGUGGAAAGAAGCAUGCCGGUGGUGCUGUAACUUCAAUUUUACCGUCUCAGUUGGUAGCUACUUCUAAUGAGAUAUCUGGAGUACAGACACGUUUACGUAAACCAGCAACAGUAACGCCGGUAAUGCGUGGACGGAAAGGACGUCCACCACGUAACUUUUUGCUACAGCAACAGCAACAACAGCAACAAUCUCCCCAGAUGCAUUUGGCCAGCGAAACAUUCGACACAGCUAGCACUGGUAAGAAGGCGCCUCCACAGCAACGGAAUGCUGCGGCAAUAACAAGAACCCCGUCAGCUGUGGCUGGUGACUCGGAUGUUUACGAAUUUCAUGAUGAUUCUGGUGAAGAAUCGAAAGUUGCACAAGAUAACGUGCAUUCGGUGGGUAGUCCAAGUGGAAGUGAUGUUAGACCGCGUUUGAUUUUGACUAUCAAACCGGGCCAAACUGCUCCAAUCGUAAAAGCCAGCGAGAAACCCAACUUGACUGUUGCGGAUGAUGUGUCUGCUACAACAAUGGUUUCGACACCGCUUCAACAGCAACAAGCAACUGUUAAAGUGACGCCAACAGUUCAAUCUGAGCCGAGGGAGAGCAGCAAAUGCAAAAACCAAACAUCUGCAACCGUACUUACGCCAUCUUCAACCGCGCAACUAACUCAGUUACCAGAUAUGCCCACUAUGGAAGUAAUCCAAGUUCCUUCUAUAUCUGCAACUACGACCGGGACAAUGGCCCCAUCUGGAUCAGUACCAACUUCACAGAAAAUGGGACAUCCGCAGCCACUACAUGCAAUACCUUCAUCAUCCGCAAAUUCAAUGGAUUCAGGCAGCAUAACCGCGGCGAACACUAGGAAAUCGCGGCGAUUGCAAGAGAAAGACCGCUGUACCAUUGACGACGUCAUUGAAGAUGUAGUGCGGAAUACCAUAACCGCGGGGUUGUUGCAGAAAGGCGCACAAACUCCGCCCAGACGCUCUGGACGCAACGCAUCGCACGUCGCUUCGAAAAAGGAUGCAGGAAUGGAAACCCCACCUUCAUCGCCAGCGACGGUGCGUCCUCGACGUUCAAAGGAUCGGAAAGAGAGCACUGAACAUACCAACGCCUUGAAUGAUCUAUCUUCGAGUGAUACAGAUGAACAACAUAAAAGGAUAAUCACAGCACCAUCGAAGCAAGAGGAAGAAGUAGUGUUGCCUGUCAGUACGAGUAGUGUAACAAAUACACCCAGUUCCGCGGCAUUACAAGUAACUCUUGUAUCUGCAGCACCAACAGUAACAACAGCGCCGAUAUCACAACAAUCUAUACCAGUACCCUCAAAAACAGUUGCAUCCACGCAUAUUCAUGCACAGACCAUAACGCAUGGAGAAAAGCAAUCUCUGCCAAUGCCGCAACAACUACAUCACAUUAUGCCGCAGCAUCCGAAAAAGAAAGCGCUUGCCGCAGCGGAGAUAGAGUCGUUCGUUGCCGUCAAUAGUGUUUCGAAAAGUAAUAAUCCAUCUACCACGUCAUUGUCCAGCAUUGACAUACCUGCAAGUCACUCAUCUGCUCCAACGACACAGAAAAGAAGUGGUGGAACCGCCGAUAUGGUAAGUAAAGCACUUGUCGACCCAGUAACGGGACUAAUCAGCGGCAAUUUGCAGCAUGGCAAGGAUGGCAACCUACCAGGUACAACAGCAGUAGCAGCAGCAGCAGCAACAUUGGCCACUAUGCAUAAAACGCCUUUGGACACGAAGAAAAUAGUACAGGCGGCUAUUGCGGCGGCUACAGCAGAGAACACAACGCAAUCAAGCGAUGUUCGUGGUACAGCCGCGUUGCUAACUAAAGCAGCGACCAGUACAAACAUUUUGCAAACAUCGCAAAUGGUUGCGCAAACCGUUACGGUUUCUGCUUCCAAUACAGUUCCUCAUAUUUCUUCCACAAAGUCAUUGCCAGUUGAAGGUUCUACCAAAGUGUUGACUACUCCCAUAUCCCUUUUGAACAAAUCUGCUGUGAGUGUGGUCGUAAAGACAACAACAACACCUGUUAUCAUAAAACAACAAAUUGUGCAGCCCCAAACAACUAUAAAACCUACGAUUUCGGCUAAUAGCAAACAGUCAAUUGUUGUGCAGCAGAGUCCGGUGGUUAUGCACGCCCAGCCAUCAAAUGUUCGCCCGCCCACUCUAAAAGCACAUGUGCUUAACAGCCAGAAAACAUUGCAGCAGCACCAACAGCAACAGCACCAGCAACAACAUCAGCAGCAACAAUUGGCACAGUCACACCAUAUUGUGUCGCAGACGCAGCAACCAACGCCACCUGCAAUACAUCAACAGCAGGCGAAACAUAUUUUGGUAACCAAUUCGAAUCACUCGAUCGGAUCUAAUGUAAUAACGACCCGUCAUGCGGUGCAGCAGCAGCAGCAGCUUUCACUUCCGCCUCCGCAACAGCUGCUCGUAAAUAUUCCACCGCCGAACUCUCCGCAAGUGGCAACGAAUAUAAACUCACCGCAGUUGCAUCAUCAGCAACAACAACAACAGCAUCAGCAACAACAAUCACAACAGCAUCAACAACAGUCCUCCCAACAACCGGCUCAACAGACGCUCGUAAUCAAGCAAGGCCAACCGACCAAUGCAGGUCAAUUGCCGUCCCAGCAAACAGUCCAUGUUGUCAGCUUGAAGGAUCCGGUUGGUCCUCAAGUUGGGGAAGUUCCGUCAGGAGUACAGCACCAGCAACAACAGGCAAUGCAAGGCGGUAAAACACCACAACAUGUAGGAACGUAUGCAACGUCCUUACCUCAACAACCACAGUCGCAACAGCAACAGCAACAGCAGCAUCAACACCAACAACCUCAGAUAACUGUGCUAACACCACAGCAACAGCACCAGCUUAUUAAACAGCAUCAACAACAGCAACAACAACAGCAGCAACAACAAACUGUGCUUCAACCACCUGUUAGUAUAUCAAUGGUCACUCAACAGCAGCAACAACAACAACAACAGCAAAGUCCUCACGUUCAGUUACCACACGGCGUGACGGCAGUACACCAUCAAGGUCGUAACAAAAUGCAGUCUCAACAACAACCACAACAGCAACAAACAUCUCCGCUUGUAAUACAACCAAGUGGCAUUAUGGGUCUACAACACCCGACGAUGCUGCUGCAAACCAAACCACCAACACAUCUACAAGCGCAGCAAGCCCAUCAGCAGUUGACGGCAUCACCACCCUUGCAAGCUGGUGCCCUUCCGGUUGUUAGUGGUGCUAAACCCACUAUCACUGCUAUGCAAACACUGCAAGCGCAGGGAGUGCAAAUAUUGGCCAGCAGUGUGACAAGCCCACCGCCAUCGACGCUCAAACAGACUACACCACAGCAACAACAGCAUCCGCACAAUAGUGCCAACGUACCAGGCGUUAGCAGCAUACGCACCAGCAUUCCAACGUUAAGCCCUCAGAGCCAAACUCGUGUUACGCCGCUACUUUUGCCGACUGGUAUGACCAUGCCGCCAUUUGAAUCCAACAUGCACGACAUUGGCACCUAUUGUACAAGUUCUUCUGGUUCGCGUGCAACAAAAAGUCCACCACCCGCGCACCAACAGGCUUCGCCCAUAACUCCGAGCGAAUCUAGUUUUCCUGUGGGUGGUAUACGAGGAGUACCGGCACGUGACUCGUUUAUCAUCUACCAGCACAUCUUAAGGAAUCAACAGGAAACAAUGAACGCAUCAAUACGUGGUGAAUUUGAUGACAAAAUGCUCGGUGGAAGCCCGCCACUAGAGCUGCGCCGACCAGGUAGCGUGCCACGCACCGUUGCCGUGCCACACGGCUUACAGAGUCCCCAAGAUCGUGCAACGGAUUCGCCGCAAGUAGCACAAGUGUAUGUACAUAACACCCGUUUGGCACACCCACAUUACACCGAGCGAUCAUUCUACGAGGCGGGCCGGCAAUUGCCCAUUGAGCCACCGCCUGCUCAUCGAUCAGUUGCAGCGCAUAGCGUAGUGGGUCCACCAAUGCCGGUAGCUGUACCUCCACCCGGCGCCGGAACAUCGAGCCCAUUCGUUGCUGCACCAACGGCACAGUUGUCAACGUCGACACCGAACGUUGGAGGUGGCAAUGUGAAUGUGCCUCCGCCAGCAACAGCAGUUGCACAUUUACACCCCGCUCAAUUGAUGGAGCAUGAACGGGAACAAAGGGAGCAACGCGAACGAGAAGUACAGCGUGAAAAGGAACGCAUAGCCAUGACAAACUCCAAUAUGGAUAACUUGCCAGUUGGACAGCAGACAGCAGUGCAAGUGAGAAACAUGCAAGUUGCGACACCGCCUCACGCCAAUCCCCCUGUGGCCCAGCCACCAGCGGCCGACUCGCUACUCACGUUGCUGCAACGCUAUCCAGUCAUGUGGCAAGGACUUUUAGCACUGAAGACGGAUCAGGCCGCUGUACAAAUGCACUUCGUAUUCGGAAACCCACUUGUGGCGCGCGCUUCGCUGCCCUGCAAUCGCGACGGCAGCACUCCACCACUACGCAUAGCCCAGCGCAUGCGGCUGGAACAGACACAGCUAGAAGGUGUGGCCAAAAAGAUGCAGUAUGAAAAUGAGCAUUGCAUGCUUUUGGCUCUACCUUGUGGGCGUGAUCACGCCGAUGUCCUGCAGCAUUCGCGAAACUUGCAAACCGGUUUUAUUACCUACUUGCAGCAGAAAAUGGCUGCGGGUAUAGUGAAUAUUCCAGUACCAGGCAGUGAACAAGCGGCAUAUGUUGUGCAUAUAUUUCCAUCAUGCGACUUUGCCAACGAGAACUUGGAGCGGGCUGCGCCUGAUUUGAAGAACCGAGUCGCAGAGAUUGCCCAUUUGCUAAUAGUAAUCGCAACUGUCUAAACGGCCACUCACACACAAAAGAGCCUUAAACAGGCUUGAAUCAAGUGGCAUGUUCAACUGCCGCACCUCGCUUGACAGAAUCAUACAAAGAAGGUCCGAGACAUUUAUGUUUUAAACACAAACUCUCCGCAACAAAUAUGACCAAAAGAAAUAAUUAAAAACGAAAUAUACAAUGUCGCGAAAACUGAAUACAUACAUACAUGCUCAUAUUGCGAAGGAAGAGUUUUCUAGCAGAAGCAAAACGUUCACAAAAAUUCACGAGUGAAUGCGAAGAAUAAAGUGAAAAUAUUGCCAGAUCAUUAUGCAUGCGAUGCAACAAAGAUGUAUGUAUUGGUUAAAAUGUAUCUAAAAAUCGUGUACAUACAAUAAGAAACGACAUGAAAAACUCACUAACGCCACUGACAAAUGCUCAAGCUGGCGCAAUGUCAACGGCUCCCACUUGACACACCAUAUAUGAGAGCAAGCAAGCAAAGCCCAUAUAAUAUUACGGAAGUGCGUGCAAAUAUUCCAAAAGAGGUAUUCGUAAUUCACGCACUCAACUAAAAACACACAGAAAAAUGAAGCAAAAAACGUCAAUAAUACAAAACAAAAAAGUAUAUGAACUUGUUAAAAAUGUAUAGAAAAUUUAUUUUUAUGCUUUUAAGCAAAUUGUUAUAAGCUUUGUGAAUACCUCUUUAGUUUUUGUCUAAUUAAUUAUAAAUCAUACAUUUAUUUGUUUUUGACACCGCAAUAGUUUUACGGGUAAAAAUUUCCUUAGUGUUUUCGUAGUGCAGAAUGGAAAAAAGUAUGAAAUAAUUAUAAUAAUUUUAGUGCGAGUGAAACAUUAAACUAAUUUUAUGGAUAUCAACAAUGAAAUUCGUAAUUUAUAUAUUUGAUCUCAAACUAAAGAAAAGUUUUACAUCUUAGUUUUUGCUUUAUUUCCAACAACAGUAAUUAGCAGGCAAAGCAUAUGGAAAUUUCAUGUUUCCAUUUUUGUUUUUAAAUCACUUAAAACAGAAAUGACUACAAUAUGCCUUGUCUAUGUAUAUGUGUGCAUAACAAUCAAAAAAGGAGCAAAACUGACGUCUAGCACAUGACCAUUUCUUGAAAAUUCCAGUCCCAACUAAAAAUCGGAAUUGAUGGGCUUGAGUUUAUAAGAUUGUGUACAAUUCCCUUGAGGCGGAGUGUGUAUAGUGAGUGGGAUUGAAAGGCACUCUUAUGAAUUCAAGCAAGCAUUAAAUAUAUGUUGGGGCUAUGCUUAGCCGAAAGCGUUGACUCAAUGGAGAUGCAAUUUCUCCACGCCGUUUGCUAUUAGUAAACGCUUGAAUAUGUAUUUUCUAAGCAAGUUUCAAUCCGGAAUACACGAACUUGUUAUGUGCGAAUGUGUGUUUAUGUUUAUGAUUAAUUUACUAACAAUUAUGAGGUUCUGAGAAUGCCCUUAGAUGCUUGUUACAAUGUAAGUUCAAAUACCAAAAACAGAAAAACAUAAGGGAAACUAAAACUAAUACUGAAAAAGCUGCUUGUAGUCUUACAUACAUCCAUACAUAAUAUAAAUAUCCUUUAAGAAAUACAAAUGCGCAAUUAUGCAACAGCUUAAAUUUACUUAAAGCUCCUUUGUAGACCUCCAAAGGUUCCAGUGAAUUACUUAGCUUUUACGCUCAUUGCAAAGUAAUGUAUUUAAAAUUUUCACUUGUGAGGUCUUUCGUUUCGUUAGCCGCAUUUCGUUGUCUUAUAAAUUGUUACUGAAAAGAAAAUAAGAAAAAAGUUCCCAUUUCACUAACUUUAUCUAAUUUCAUCACUGCCAUUUAUGAUAUACAAUUACAUUCGUUUAGGAUGCACAAUUAUCUCUUGUAAGGCGCACAAUUUUGUUUGUUUGCCGUAACAGGUAAUCUUCUGUGCCUUGUGAAGAAUUCCUAGAGAGUGCUCCAAUAGCAUGAAUAUAUCAAUAUGUAUAUAUGUAUUUGGCGUUUUCCCGUGCUUGCUGUUGGAGUAGUUUCUACAAACCAAUGUGUGUUUUCAACCGGAUUCGACGUCUGUUUUGCUUCCCAUUUUGUAUUGUUGUCAGCUUGUUUGCAUAAAACGUUUUGUUUAUUAUUCAACUUUUAGCUUUAUUUCACUUUUCGUUUGAUCUAAUUGGAAAUCUAUCACGAGGAAAAAGUAAAAAAAAUGUACAUAUAUAAAAUUAAAAAAUAAUAGUAAUAAUAAUAAUAAUAAUAAAAAGUAGCAAUAAGAUAAUCCUGGCGGGAUUGUAUAAUAUAACAUGUCUACCCUUUCCCACUUUUAUUAAUUGUAUCUUUGGUAAUGAAUAACGUUGUAAAAUAUUAAUAUAGAGUGUAAAUUAUCUACAUAUGAUAUAUACAAACAUACAUAUAUAUAUGUAUAUAUAUAUAUAUACAUAUAUGCAUAUAUAUGCAUACAUAUAAAUUAUUAUUAGUAAUAUUAAGCGUUGAUGUAACUAAUUAUUUACGAGAUAAUAGUAGUAGUGUCUAUUAAAUAAAAUACACAUAAAUAAGUAUGUUAAAUUAAUGUACAGUUAUUAAUAAAAUUAGUUUUUAUUAUAGUUUUAGAACAAAUGAAAAUCAUUAAUUGCAAAGCACCCAAAGUUGCGUUUGUCAAAUAAAUACAAAAAAGGUAAAAAAAAAUGAAUUAAAUGAAAUAAAAAGGAUACUGUAAUAUCUAGUAGUAAAGAAUGAACCGAGCUGUAGAUGCGAAAACAAGUUAAUAAAGUUAGUGUAUAAUAUUAAAAUUAGUAUAUGUAUAUUUAUACAUAUAUGUACAUAUACAUAUACAUAUAUGAAUAUUAUAACGGAAGUGCGUAAGUGAAGAAAUUUUGCACUCGCCCUACUGCAUAAAAAAACAAAUAUACAAAAAUAAAAUAUAAAUUAUAUACAUACUUGCAUAAAUAAUUUAAAAAAUAUAAACUAAAUAAGUUUCAAUAUUAUCAAUACAUACAUACGUUUUAAGUUGUAACAUGCAAAGAGUUUCUCUUUUUAGUUUUAUAAACAAAGAAACUACAAGGAAAUACAAUAAUAAAUUUUCUGUUAUUUUUUUCUUACAACAAAUUAAAUAAACAUUUUAUUUUUUGAUUUUGACUAGACGAGUGUACACUUUUGAAAAUAUUACGUAGUGCUCUUUCACAGCUUUCUUCGGAAUGACUGACAUUUAUUUUAGGUUUCUCAAUCCUUCUUCAUUCACGUAGCAAAAUGUCGAUUUCCUGUUUAUCACCCACUUAUAAUGUUCUUAGUUGAAAACAAAUGAGGUUCUGAACGUUUUCGCAUUUAUUAAAGAGUUUCACAGCGAUUUGAGAUUUUCUUUUGUUUAUUGCCUCUAGAAGUUUUCGUUAUUUGUCUGUCAUUCCUUUGCAGCUGGUCACGUCAGGAGUGUAAGGGCGGGCAAAAUUCAGCUGCACAAACUCCCAUUGCAAAA